AUGGCAGGCUCUUCUCCCACGCGCCGUCGGAGCUUCCAGUUCGCCAGCCCGCAGUCGUCCUCCGUCAUUAUGGAAAUCCUCUCCGAGGACCGAAAUUCCGAGUCACGACAUAAACAAUUGCUUGAACUUGCGAAGAGAGAACACGAGCGCGUACGAGAGGAUGCCGAGAGAGUAUAUCGCGACCACCUGCGCAGGGAGGAACGCCAGCAGCUCCUCGACGAGAAGCAGCAGGAGGAGCAGAGGAUUAAGGUCGAGGAGCAAAUCGCUGCUGACCGCGUGCGUCUGCAUGCGCUUAAGUUGACGAAGGUUGUGGCUCCUCCAUCUCCGCCGAUUCCGCGGUUCCCCGAGCCGUCUCGAGCUGCAGCCGUCGCCGAGUCGACGACCCCGGCCCCAACCUCAACACCUUCCGCUGUCUCCAACCAGAGCUCGGUGCCACAGCUACCGCCGCAAACCAACGGCAGCGCGACACCAAAGCCACCAGCGCCCGCAACAACUUUUUCUCCGGGCCUUUUUGGAUCCAGCAAGGCACAGCCGGCUGCGCAGCCCGCUGCUCCCGGGCCUUCGGUUGAUAAUGCAACGACUGCCGCGAAGAACCGGACCCCGGAAGCACCCCGGCCGCCGCCGUUUCCGGGAGGCUUUGGUAACUUGCUCAACAAUGGCGCGGGGAGCAAUGGAGCCAGUUCCGCCCGGCCAGAGUCUGCCCCCCCUGCAGGGCAGCUUACUGUUGACAGGUAUACAACAAUCCACAAGAACCUGAAAGAGCUACGAAAAUCCAUGGCGGAGCAGGCCAAGACAAACCGUGCUUUGAAAGAAAGGAUGGGCGAUAUGCGACGUGAAAUCAGGAAGAUUAUUGGGCAGCUCGGUGGCGGUGGCGCGCCUGCCAAUCGACAACAGCAACAACGAAUUGCAGCUGUCUUGCGUGAGGCGCUUGCAAACAGGGUACAGUCUCAGCUGGUUGACCUGAGCAACUUUGUUGCGGAGCCGCGGAACCCGGUCCAGGGCGCUGUGCAUAACGACGUGCAGAUGCCGUCCCUGUUCAUCUAUUUAUUGAACGCAUUUUCCAAGUCUGUGAUAUUGCAGUUCAUUAGUGAAGGAGGAGCAAAGCCAGAGGCGGCAGAUCCUAUUGGGGUCUGCGUUGCGGCCACGUUUUCCGAGCCAGAUUUCGGCUGGCGCGGCGUGUCCAUGAUCGACAUCCUGAUCACCAAAUUCCGAAUCGUUUGCCCGGUGCUUUUUGGGUAUAGGGGGAGCGAGAAGACCGAGCAAGGGAGGGAGCGGCUGGGCUGGUGGAAGGAAAACGGACGAUGGGUCACCGAACAGCAGCACGUGGACCGUAUGACCGGCCUUGGCGCCGGCUUCGCGGCCGUGUCUCUGCGGAAGUUUGUCGCGUCGAAGAAGGAAAAUCCGUACCCGCCUCGGCAUUUCUGGACGGCCAUGGCCAAGAUCAUCAACACACCACCAAACGAAAUCUCCAACACGCAAUGUGUGGUUCUGAAGUCGAUGAUUCAGAACUUCGAGACCAAAUUUAUCGAAUUCUAUGGAACCGCGGCCGUUGCGGCGCUACGCGCGUCGCUGAUCGACUUCCCGGCUCGGGCGCCUGAGAAAUCGCCAGCAGUAAACUCAUUAGAGGUGCUAGCGCAACAGCUCAAGCGAGACACUGGGUUAACUCUCGGGUGA